GAGAACCCACAGCGGAGAGAAGCCUCACUACUGCUCCGUGUGUGGGAAGGGCUUCACCAAGGUCCGACUGCUCCGGACACACCAACGGCUACACGCCGUGGAGGGGGCUGACGUCGUCGGGGACGGGACCGGACGGGGACGGGGAUGAAGGAGGGUAGUGGGGUGGUGAUGUCAGCGAUGGGGCGGAAGAGAGCUCUGAGAGUUCUGGCCGGAGUGGACUACUACUACUGCUCUGAGUGUGGGAAGAGCUUCUCCAGUGCGGCCUAUCUUAAGGUGCAUCAGAAGGCUCACACAGGAGACAAACCAUAUCAGUGUACUCACUGUAAGAAGUCAUUCGGCACGUCAUGGGGUUUAAAGGUUACCGGCAGAAUCGCUCUGGAGAGAAGCCCCACCAGUGCGCCGACUGUGGGAAGAGGUUUUCGGACCUGCGCAGCCACAAAGCCCACCAGAGCACCCACACUGGAGAGAAACCAUACACAUGCCCUGUCUGUGGAAAAGGCUUUGCCUGGCAAAAGAGCCAACAGAAACACCAGGCCACACACAGCAGCAGUGGUGGUGGAAUCAUAGAAGUACAUAUAGAAAAAUGUAUGAUAUCCUGGAGGGUUUCACUCCAACCUCAAUCUAGCAGGUUAGUUACAACUACGGACAGGAGGGUGGCUCUCCAGGAACAGGGUUGGGUUAAGGAGGGGUAGCUCCUCAGGAACAGGGUUGGGUUAUAGGAG